GACCUCGAGGAUAUGCAAACCAAACUAAAAGCCAAUGAGAAGCUGCUGGAACUACAGCUCUUUGGAAUGUUCCUAGUCUUGGCUCUAAUUAACAAGCAUUUCACUUCGAGUUUGUGACUAGAGAAAAUUAAAUUUAAAAAGUGAAAAAAAAUAUACACAUUUAAACUUAAUUAUAUUUACAUCUUUGGAAUCGAAACUAGUUCAGGCUAAAAGUAAGAUGUGCUAAAAGAUUAACUGAAAGCGUUUUGGGUAUGCGGCUGCUGUUGUCUCUACUGUUGCAUGCAACAUGGAUGGUGAAAAUCGGAUUAUUUUAAAUGUUGGCGGCAUAAGAUAUGAAACUUACAAGGCAACGCUCAAGAAAAUCCCGGCUACUCGUCUCUCACGUCUGACCGAGGCUCUGGCCAACUAUGAUCCAGUGCUCAAUGAAUAUUUCUUUGAUCGUCAUCCCGGCGUUUUUACCCAAAUACUUAAUUACUACAGAACUGGUAAGCUGCAUUAUCCAACGGACGUCUGUGGUCCACUGUUCGAGGAGGAACUGGAGUUCUGGGGUCUCGAUUCCAAUCAGGUAGAACCAUGCUGCUGGUCAACUUACAGUAUACAUCGUGAUACGCAAAACACUUUAGCCAUAUUAGAUAAACUAGAUAUUGAAAAUGAGAAGCCCACGGAGGAGCAAAUAGCGCGACUGUUUGGCUUCGAGGAGGCAUUAAGCAAUGGCGAGCUUAAUUGCUGGCAACGCUUAAAGCCCAAGAUUUGGGCCAUGUUCGAUGAGCCAUCGAGUUCAACGGGUGCCAAGUUUGUUGCUGGCAUGUCGGUAUUCUUUAUAUUUGUUUCUGUGAUAUCGUUCUGCCUGAAAACCCAUCCCGGUUUUCGUGUGGAUCUUCCCACCAGCUACGGCGGCAGCUCAGACGCCGGAUCAACCACGUCUGCUCAUGAUCCGUUGACGCCGCCAAUCAGUCAGCCACCAGCCCAUCAUCAGCCACCACAGUCGCAGUAUCAUCAGCACAGCAUAACACCGCCAAGCGGAAGCAUUGGACCCACGUUUCGUGUCACGAACUACACGAGCUACAGCAGCGGCAAUUUGAGUGCCGCCCAGGCCACCUCAAUAGCCACAAUCAAGGGCAAUCAGCAGCGCCAACGGCUGAAACGAAGUCUCAAUGCGAGCAGCCUCAAUGACUUCAUUGAGCAGAAGCUUUUGGGCCACAAUGGGCGCAGGCAACACGGUUGGGUCGAAACCUAUGGCCAACCGCAUAAGGCGUUCUUCUAUGUGGAGCUGGUUUGCAAUGUGUGGUUCUUCAUCGAGGUCAUCAUUAGAUUAAUUGUCUCACCCAAUCUUUGGCAAUUCAUCAAGUCGCCCGUUAACAUCAUUGAUUUUACGGCCACGCUCAGUUUCUAUACGGAUGUCAUGCAGCGCAUGGGCGAGUACACGGGACUCUUGGAAGCGUUCUCGAUAGUGCGCAUCAUGCGUCUCUUUAAACUAACCAGACACUCGCCAGGACUGCGCAUUCUCAUCCACACGUUCAAGGCAUCGGCCAAAGAAUUGACGCUGCUUGUGUUCUUCCUUGUGCUCGGCAUCGUUUUCUUUGCCAGCCUGGCCUACUAUGCCGAAAAGUUGCAGGACAAUCCAGACAACCAAUUCAAGAGCAUACCAUUGGGAUUAUGGUGGGCUAUUGUUACCAUGACCACAGUGGGCUAUGGCGAUGUGGCGCCCAAGACCUAUCCGGGCAUGUUUGUGGGCGCUCUCUGCGCUCUGGCUGGUGUACUCACCAUCGCACUACCCGUACCUGUUAUCGUUAGCAAUUUCUCGAUGUUCUAUUCGCACACACAAGCACGCUCCAAGCUGCCAAAGAAACGACGCCGCGUCUUGCCUGUGGAGCAACCGCGUCGCAAGCGGGAGCCGCCGGCGCCGCAUCGAGGCAGAGCAAAUGCUAUCAAACAAACACCGCCGACGGUGGGGGGCGUGGUCGGUGCCCAUACGUCUGUACAGGCGCCCACGCCGAUGUUCAAGGAUGCGUUUGGUGGUGCUAAAAUUGGCAAUGUGAACGGCGUGAAUGUCAUUGGCCUGCAUCUGCACAGGCCGCCGAUAACGACCUGCGCGGCCAACUGCCACAUCCACACGCACGCUUAUACCUACGCCCACAGUCAGAGCCACGGCCAAGCGACGAGUCAUGGCCACAAUUUGGCACAUACGACGACGACGGCGACGCUACCCGCCGGCUCCUUAGCCACCGCCAACGCCAACGCAAUCGCCUCGGCCGAUGGCUCCACGGCCACGACGCCGCCGCCGCCGCCGCCACUGUCGCUGUCGCUGCCGCCGCCGAUGCUGGUGUCCGCCGGCGCUUCGGGCCCCACAUUCAUCAGUUCGGACUACUUGAGUGUGCCAGCGGUGCAGAGCCUGCAGCCGAGGGCGGCAACCACUGGACACGAUUUUAUGCUGCCUCUUCAGCCGAAACUUGUGGCGCCUCUGGAACGCAAGGAUCAGCAUCCGCUGCAGCUAACCGCACAGAACUUGGCCUCGGACACGAAUCAACUGUACGCGAGCCACGCCCACAAGUCCGGCACUGUACUAAGCGUGCCGCCCACACUCAGCAUGACUCACACCCAGAUGCCACCGGGCAUGGCCAGCAUGGGGCAACGGACACCGAAUCUCAGCUAUCGGGCAACUCAUAUCCAUACGCAUGCGCCCAUCCAACAGCCGAUACCGCAACAGUUUCAACAGGCCACCGCCGUGGAUUGCAACAUCAAAAUCUCAGUGGCUGGCGCAGGAGGCGCGUCAUCGUCUUGCGGUGAUGCUGAGCUGAUGAUGGCUCCAAAAGUGACGCUGCUGGACGAUCUGAGCGAUGAGGUCAACUCGUCGACGGAUGAUUGUGGCGAGUGCUGCCUGGUCGAUGACAGCGAUACCUACGAGACGAGCAACAACAAUGGGCCGCAUAUCAAUCAGGAUAUCGAACAGGAGAGCGCUGGCGCCGAGGAAGACAGUGGCGACAGUUCCGGUGGCAUUUACAUAGGACCCACCCAUUGAUUUUCGGCCAUCAAAUGGGACUUUCCGUGCUAACAAUGAUAUGUAAAUAUGUGUAUGCAUUUGUAUGUGUAUAGCUAGCCAUUACUACGAGUAGUUGGACAGCAUCCAACAAAAAUCAACGGACCACUCCCAUUUCUCUAUCUUUCUUAUGACUCUUAUGACACAAAAAAAAAUACAAGAAAAGAAUAGAAAAACAUGUUGUGAGCAAGUAAUGUUGCUGUUUUGUUAUAAAUCUUUUAUGUCGAGACUAACAAGAACACACUUCCCAUACACUUUUGUAAGUCACUGUUUACCCUGGUCAUACAAAUGAUAGAUAAUCAUCCUCCAUUUCGACGAGUUCUUCAUAUAGUUUUUGGCUCAGCUUUCCUCAUUGUACUGUAAUGUGAAAACUUCCAUUAAUCAUGGCAUUUUCCACAACAAAGGCUAUUUUAUUGUCUUUUUGUUUUUGUCUCCAAUGGUGACUUGCCUAUAUUCUAUAGAUAUGGUAACCUGAUCCCUGACCCCACAGCAAUCUUUUAAGGAAAUCUUGUAAAUAUGUGCUGAAAUUUUAUAAAUUUAAGAAACUUCUUAAAAUUGUAUGCAUAUAAAAAUAAAAACCCUGCAAGUUUUCACAAACCUUCAAAUAAUAUUUUUCUAUAUGGUAACCUGAUUCCCCGCAGCUAUUCAAUGGGGAAAUGUGCUCAUUUAAAAGACUUCUCAAAAAAGAAUAUACAAUAAAGUUCUUUAUUUAUUUUUCAAACAAUACUUGCUAACCUGAUUUCCUACAACUAUCCAAUUGACAAAAGCCAUAAAUAUGCUUCCUAAAAAAUAUAAAAGUUUCCGUGUAGAGAUAUUUCCCUAUGCACAAAUGUCUGUUCUGUAUAGAUGUUAGAG